AUGGUAAAUUUGCGACCUCAAUCGAUCGUACUGAAGCCGGGUGUUCGCGAAAGGCAGCGCGAGUUGGAGGCGGUGAUAACGAAAUACGAACUUCUGCUGGCGAUCGGUCAAUCAAAAAACGCGGACUUUGCUUCGUUGGAUCUGCCACAACUUGUGUUCCGACUCGCAGAAUGCCGUCUUUGUUUGAUUCGACUUCAGCGAAGUGCUUGGCAAAUUGAGCAAAGUGGGCAAGAGCCUGCCCAAACUCAUAUCGGCGAUGGAGACGAAGAAGACACUGGAAUGGAAGCACAUUCUAUGCAGACUAAACUAGAAGAAAUGCUUGAGGAGACGCGAAAAGUGUACCAGCUUCCUGAGGUUGCAAGGAGCACGUUAGCUGUGCAAGGACAAGUACAGGUGCUUAUUGGAAAGGGAGAACUGCUUACUUUUUGUAAGGACUACGCAAACGCAAUGGCUGCGUACGCCGAGGCGAUUCGACUGUGCUACAAUAUCCAGGAUGAGACCACAGAGGCGAUUCUGACAUCAAAACUGCAAAAGCUUCAACGUCAAGCAAACGCGUUGGAGCGAGUGAAAUCUCUUGCGAAUGAAUGCGCAUCCGAAAAUGACACUGAAAGCGAACGCAGCAGACUGAAGUCUGCAUUCGAGAAACUUGCUGAUACGGAUGGAUUUUUGGGGAAGGACCAAUUGCAGAUGCUCGCACAGGAACUACGCAUGACUGACGCUUUAAGUAACAGCGAAAUCGACGAUAUCUGGAGGCAGUUACUGAAGAAUGACAAGACUGCCCAGACUACCAGUGCAACAGGAUCUCCAUUUAUGAGCAAGAUUACAUUUGCAGCGUUGUGGAGGUGGUGGGUGUCCGAUGCUGAAUAUGAUACCGUGUUCUUAAACGAUUAG